GGACAGGGAGACACAGGUUUCCGGCCUAAUGAACAACAUUGAAAGACAAGGAGCAGAAGUGAAAAAUCCCUAAACCGGUAACUGCUUCGAGCUUUACGGUAUAACUUUAAUACACUACGAGCACCCAGCACUGGCGUGCAACUCUCUAACGGAUGACACUGCAGCCAUCAGCAUGGAAACUCAAGCAGAAAUUAUACCUAUCUGGCAGAAUAAGCCUCAUGGAUCAACUCGCAGUGUUGUGAGAAGAAUAGGCUCCACUCUUCCACUCAAACCUCCACAGAGAGCAUGUUUCCAGGAAUUGCCUGGUUUGCCGUCUCUUCGCCCUGCUGACGGCCCUAUGGUUCCUACACUGGCAGAUAUCGCUUGGAUUGUUGCAGAUGAGGAGGAGACAUAUGCCAGAGUGAGGAGUGACACGCGCCCUCUGAAACACGAGUGGAGGCCCACGCCACUCCUGGUGCUCCACAGGAACUCAUCUGUGCCUAACUUCCGCCGGGAGGGCAAAAGGAUGGAGGGGCUCAGGAAGCCCGGCGUGACGGCUCUUAACUGUACUACAGCCCUGCAGGAUGAGCUCAGCAAACUCCGAGCUCAGAUCGCAAAGAUUGUCGCAAACGACACAGGCUCCAACCCCCUGACCCCUGACCUGCUCUCGCCCGACGACACCAGCAUGAGCUUCUCCAUGGCGCCUUUUGAGACUGCGCCCUACCAGCCGGCGGCCAUCGCUCCCGCCUCUUUCGUCAUCAGCGACGUGACUGAGGAAGACGAAGACGAGGAAGAGGACAACGACAAAGACGAGGUGUCCGUAGUGUCAGAGCUGGUCCCUGACCCUCUGCCGCCGGUUUCCAUGACAGCGUCAGCGACUUUCGAUCUGGAUCGGCCAAGCAUGGACUACCAGGAGGCGGAGGAGGACACGGUGUCGCUGUCCAAGUCCACCAGUUUUGCUGAUGUCAUGGACAUCCUGAAGGACAUGAACCGAAUGAAAAUGAGCAAAGACAGGUACAACCGAGGCUGCACAUCUCUUCGAGAAGAGGAUUCUGCCUUGUUGAUUUCAGAAGCUCUGAGGAAAAAGUUUGUCCUAAAAGAAGAAGAUACAGCUGCUGUGAAAAGAAAGUAGAGUGUAAGAUGUGGGGCAUCAAAACCCAAAUCCUGCUGCUUCAUGUAAGUCAAGAAAGCUGCUGGGCUUUAAAUUCUUCUUUAGAAAAAUAACAAAAACUUAUAUCCGAUACCAUUCUUAAAGCAAACUAGCUUUGCUUGCUGGUUUUUGCUCCUUUUUACUAUAAAUUCUAGGCGUUUUCUUUUUUAUUGACACUCGCCUUUGAGACCUGAAGCAAAAGCCUCCACCAGAGUACAACACAGACUUAUUUCUAACAGAAUCAGCAGUUGCUGUGCUGCUUUUUGGGUAGAUUUAUUCUCUAUUUCACAAAGGAUUCAGAUAAAAACAAUAAUCAGUUUUACACCUAUGGCGUUUUAUUUUUAAAGAAGGCUGUGAGUGAGAAACGUAUGCCUCUUCUACCUUACUGAUUUCUAUUCUUGUUUUCUAAAUAGUUUUUGAAUAAACAAGUGUAACAUACUUGAACCCAUUUCCUGUACAGCUGAAAAGCUGUUGUGCGCACAGAAACAUAGAUUGUGUAUGAACAAAGUGUACUGAAACUGAAUCCUGUAGCCUUUAUAGCUCCUUUUGUGUUUUUAACUAUAGAUAGCUAGACAUUAAACCUGUUUUGAAACUAAAAUGACCUGAAAGUUCUGGAAAUUAGGUUAAAAGUUACUGGUUUUCUUGUGUACUUGAUUGCAAACUCCUCUAAAAAGGGGCCUUGAUUUACUGUUCAAACCUACUGCCUGUUUUGUCCCAUUGCUAGAAAGAUCGAAAUAAAGCAGUUUAAGAAGCAUUUAGUCUGAAAAUAUUCACAGAACUUGACGAUUGCUCUGGUAAAGUUUAGAAAGUUCAAAUUGGGGGUUGGCUUAAAGGUUCCACCAAAAUUUUCCAAAAUCCAUGUGGAAGCAUGUAGACUAAAGAUUUCUAUUUCGUUUCCUCUUGAAAAUUCCUCCAUCCCUCUCUACUCUGCAAAUGUUUUCGGUUUGUUGUCCUAAAUGAGCCUCUCUUUCAUCCUUGAACACCUUAAGAAAUGAAAAAAGUGUUUGCAAAUGUAGAUCAUGCUGGCCGGGUCUGUGUAUUUAGAUACCAAAACAUCUUAUUCUUUCUAACACUUCCCAAAGAAGAGGAGCUGCUCUGUUAGUUUUUUGAAUUUCAACUAUACUUGAGUGCAUGUAAUCAUUGCAGCAUUUAUCCCUCACCACCGUGUAUAUGUUUUUUUCCUCUUUUCUUUGUCAUGCAACAACUUGUAAAUAAAGAUUGCGCAGAUGUUUUUUCAA